GGGUUGUUUAUCUUUGUUUGAUUCAGAAGCUUCCGCCUGCCAUAUUGGUACAACGUACGUAAAAGUCUGGGUAAGUACCUCAUCGACAUUCCCGACGUCAAUAUGCAAUCCAGUUUUCAAGUUCCCGACAUUUUAUCUUAUCUUGGCCUUCCUCAGGACUACAAUCCUCUUCCGAGCGCUGAUCCUAUCGAGUUCUUGAAAAGACAUCUAUACCAGCUACCUCCCAACAUCACACAGAGUUUCUCACUCGUUACAACACCGAAACAGCGAACAGCGAUUACUGAAAUACGCAAUCGAAGACUGAAAUUUACGGAAUCAAAGCCACCCUCUCUCAGCUUCGCAGCUGCCCGAAAUGCCUGGCCAACGCUGUGGCAGGGCAGAGAGAGAAUAGGACAGGAAGAAGGGAAGGAUGAGCAGGAAUGGGCGAAACUGAGUUUCCUGGGUGGAGCAGAACAACAGGUGGGCGGCUUGGCCAAGCUACUUGGCGACAUGGAGGAGGAACGAGAAGCGGAGAGAGUACGAUUUAUCCGGAGAAUGCAGGCGAGUGACGAUUUCGUCCCAGAAGAGGAGAGUGACAGUGAAGGAGAAGAGGACGAAGUUCAAGAGUCUGAAUCUCCUGAAGAAGCAAAAGCGUUGUUUGAAAGACGCAUAAGGGAACGAUUCAUAUAUGGUUUGCUGGAGGGAGCAGAUUAUGAUUCAGUGGACUGGGAUGAAUUGCUCGAUGUAGAGGAUGAUAGAGUUGCAGAAGAGCGGUGGUUUGACGAUGAUUGACGGGAAUUAGACAUAUUCAGUAUAUUUUCGGUAUAUUUUCCGCCGGAAUGCUGCUCCAGUAGGAUGUAAUCUUCGGCAGGGCUCCGGAUUGCUGAAUCUUUUUGCUUGCCCUCAUC